AUGAAUUUACCAGCGAUCAAGUUCAUCCUUGGGGCGAUGGUCCCAUUCGGUAUGGCAUUUGGAGCUUUCUGCAUGCUCAUCAUUGUUGCAGUAGGAGGGAUCGCAGGCGAGUCCUUAGGCCCAAUAUGGAAGAUCAACCUAGUCGACCUCAGCAUACCAGCUUCGGACUUCGCUACCCUCACAGGCAUUAGUGCAUCAAGCGCUAGUGCUAUCACCAGAAGCAGUCUCGGACUGUCAGAGGAAUACAACUUCUACUUGUGGAAUUACGGCGCAAAGAACAAUGGAGACACCGACUAUUCCGAUUCGGGAUUCGAUUAUGUCGACGAUAUCAAACUCGAUCCCAUCACCGUCAACGGUGUCGCCAGCCCACUUCCCCAAUUUCUUAAGGACGCUAAGUCAGGAUUCCGUGAUAACAUCAGAUUCGGGGAAUAUAUCUUCUUGGCAGCAAUCUUCAACGUCGCUAUGGUCGUCGCUUUUGGUGUUCUGGCAUGCUUUGGAAUCAAGCUCGGCAUCCUGAUUGUCCUCGGAAUAUCCUGCAUAACUGCAGCUAUGCUCAUCGCUUUCGCGGUAUUGAUUACAAUGGCUGGGUCGAACGUUACAGGCGACCUCGAGCCAUUCAAAGCAUACGGGGCCAAGAUUGAGAAUGGAAUUUCGGACGUGGCAAUUUCAUGGUUGGCUGCUGUCCACAUGAUAGUAGCCUGUUUGAUUCUCGGCUUGCCACUUUUGGGUAUCGGUCGGAUGAACCCCGCCAUCAAGCAAGCACCAAGGGAUACGGGAUUCGAUGAGGAGAACCCAAGAGGAAGCAGCCAUUCUAUGAUCAAUAUCAGAAACAAGUAG